GACUCAGUUGAAUUUGUAGAACCAUCGAAACAAGUGGUCGCUGUUACGGUACCUGGAGCUACCUUACCCCCACACACAAACAUACAUAAAUUCGCACAAGUUGUUUUUCAAAUAAAUACAAAAAAAAAUGCCUCUUAGCAUUAAAAAUGUUUUGGUCUGCGAUGCAGUCGAUAAAUCAUGUGUAGAACUGUUACAAGAGCAUGGAAUCAAUGUAACAUAUAAACUGAAACUCCCCGUGGAUGAGCUUUGCAAGGAAGUUAAGAAAUUCGACGCCGCCAUUGUUCGCUCGGAUACGAAAAUAACCGCGGAAGUCCUUGCAGCUGGAGCUGGUAGCCUUAAAGUUGUGGGUCGUGCAGGAGCUGGUGUAGACAAUAUCGAUGUGCCUGCAGCCACGAAGCACAACGUUGUUGUCCUUAACACUCCGGGUGGUAAUUCGAUUUCUGCUUGUGAGCUGACAUGCAUCCUAAUUGGUGCUCUCGCCCGUCCCGUUGUGCCCGCCGGUCAAAGUAUGAAGGAGGGACGCUGGGACAGGAAACUCUACAGUGGCACCGAGCUCUAUGGCAAGACAUUGGCUAUUCUUGGUCUGGGGCGUAUCGGACGUGAAGUCGCCAUUCGCAUGAAUGCCUGGGGCAUGAAGAUAAUUGGCUAUGAUCCCAUUACCACGGAAGCUGAGGCCAAAGCGGCUGGCAUUGAGAAGUUAACAUUGGAAGAGAUUUGGCCACAGGCUGAUUACAUUACCGUGCACACACCAUUGAUACCAGCUACCAGAAAUCUCAUAUCAACGGAAACACUGGCCAAGUGCAAACAAGGCGUCAAGGUUGUUAAUGUGGCACGUGGUGGCAUUAUCGAUGAACAGGCCAUUCUGGAUGGCCUUGAGAGUGGCAAAGUGGCUGGUGCAGCAUUCGAUGUCUACCCCGAAGAGCCACCAAAAUCUGUCAUUACAAAGGCACUUAUCAAUCAUCCUAAAGUUGUGGCUACACCGCAUUUGGGUGCCAGCACGGCAGAGGCUCAAGUUCGUGUCGCCGUUGAGGUUGCCGAACAGUUUAUUGCCCUCAAUGGAACCUCGCCAAAAUAUACCACAUAUGCCGGUGUUAUAAACAAAGAGGCACUUGCUCAUUAUCAAUAACCACCAUAGAAAACCGGUUCAGUCGUCAAGCAUUCAGCCAAUUACAUUCUCAUAAAGAUAUACAUCCUAAUCAAAACACCACAAACAUAUGCCCAAUUCAAUUAAAAUAGGAAAUGUCGGUACUGUUGACGUUUUAGUUGAUUAUAUUGAAAUAAAUUGAACACUAAAUUCA